UUACAAUCAAUAGACUUUGACGGAUGACAUGAGAGUCAAAAGAGGAAUUAUACUUCAUUAUUCCAUCACUGAAUGACAUUGUAAAAGUGUGCAUCACAAAUUCUGUUGACCUCUUCUUUUCUACUCAUCUGAGUCAAAUCAUUAAAUUAACUGAAUAUAAUAAGAUGCCGUGUGUACGUGAUCCAUUUCCAUGGUGGUUGCCUCUAGCUGUAUCCAGUUCAGUGGUGUUGAUUACAGUAUUCUUAGGUAUUUUUCGUUGGCUAUAUAAAAUAUACGCAAGACACAAAAGAAUGAAAAUAAAAUCAGCACGACAAAUUAUACAGUACAAACAGUUAUCACCAUUCUCAAUGAAUCAUCAACGUUCAUUAAGCCUGCAAAGUACAAAUGAGGAUGCAUUCGAUGAUUAUCCUGGAUUAUUUAUUGACAAUAAAGAUGAUCAAGAAUUCGAAGAUUUUACUGAAUCAGAAGAGAAUAUAUCUUCAUUAAUUAAAAAUUAUUCACCUAGUCGACAUUUAAUGAGUCGUUAUAAGAAACCACGCCGUAUUAAAACAAUGUACGGGAAAAAAGCUGAUGUGUCAUCGGUACCAGUGAUUAAAAUUAAUGAUGUAGGGCAGCAACACCAACAGUCACAGACACUAACAUCAGCGAAGGGUAAUACAAGUAUCACUCCGUCAAAACAACCAGCUACAAAUUCGUCACCGCCGUCAUGUCUACAUUCACAACAAGAUAAGUAUCUUCGUGAUAUUUUCACUGUCCAUCCAACAAACAAUGAAAUAAAUAUCUCUGAAAAUUCAACUCCAUCAUACUGGGAAGAAAAAAGGCGAUGCAGUUGGCUAAUCAACUGGUUCAGACAUACACGUUUAGGUAUGUCUGCAAGACAACAGUUGAAUAUGAAAUUAUAUUGUGAACGAUUUACCACUGUCUCAUAUCCAGCUGGCAAAAUAAUGCUAACCGUCUACAUCCUUCUCAGUACUUUCUCAUGGUUAUUUUAUGUGGUGGAAACUAGAAAUAACCCUCCAGUGAGUAUUCGUGGUAUCUGUCAUACAAUACGCUCGAAAAUUCUUAGUUGGAUGAAUUUCGGCAUCAAUUUAUUCUGUUUGGGUUAUUACAUUUUAAAGCUGUGUGCAGCAACCGACAGAAUUCGUUUCGUCCUUAGUUUUUCUUCGCUAAUUGAUGUAGUCGCAAUUCCUCCGGCUUUAUGUAGUGUGUUCGAAACACAUCGCCAUAUCGACCUAAAUUUUCUACGUUCAAUGUGCUUCUUAUAUUACGUUGAUAUACUUACCUACAUGGGCGUAAUAACAUCGAAUCAAGGCAUUCAGUCGGCUCGUAUCAUGUUCACAUUGUUCACUAUAUGGAUGGUCGGAAGUGGAAUAAUGCAUGUGAUUGAGCAUCUGGGAGAUUUUUGGCAAAAUGAUAAUCAUCGUGGUUCAUGGAGUUACUUCGAGGCAUGUUAUUUUCUCUUAGUAACACUAUCUACCGUUGGUUAUGGUGAUUAUGUAACGCAGACAACACUGGGGAAAUUAUUUAUUUGUAUAUUUAUACCAGUUGCAAUGGGUGUUUCUGCAAGUUUCGUGCCAGAACUAUUCCGUAAUUUCAAUAACAAUUAUGCCAACUCAUCCGACCGAUAUGAACCAAUUUCUGGUGAACGACAUGUCAUCGUUUGUGGGAAUUUUGACAAUUAUAGUAUAAGAGCUUUUAUCAAAGGUUUUCUUUAUGGAUGCCAGGCCAAAGGACGUGUAAGAAUAAACAUGGUACUUUUAAGACCACUACCACUAGAUUAUGCUUUGAAAGCAAUUCUUAGUCCUUAUCACGCAUGGGUUCGUUAUUUUGUCGGCACACCCAAUAAUCCUCAUGAUUUAGCCAGAACCAAGUUGAAAGAGGCGCGCGCUGCAAUUGUUCUGGCAACGCCGAAUACAAAGUUCCGUGAUGACGAAGAUGGUGCAAAUAUUAUGCAAGCUAUUGCAUUGAAAGCUAGAAAGAAAAAUCUACGUGUCAUUCUACAGCUUCAUAAUUUCAGAAACAAGUGCCUGAUGAACAAUUUUCCGCGUUGGACCUAUUUAGCAAACGAUAUGGUGGUUUGCAUGGAAGAGUUAAAAUUGGGUUUGAUGGCUUACAAUUGCUUAGCACCAGGCUUUUCAACACUGAUAGUCAAUCUCUUGAAUGCACAUGGAAGCAAAUCAAGGAUAUUUGAGUAUGAGCAAUGGAGAAAAGAAUAUGAAUAUGGAUUUCGUAUGCAACUGCAUGAUGUUGGUAUUAGUCAUGAAUUCGCAAAUUUAUUCAUGAGAGACCUAGCCAUAUUCGUUUACGAAAAGUGGAACGUUAUCCUAUUGGCUGUACGCAUGAAUGGAUUAGAGAAGUCUUCAAUGAUAAUAAAUCCUAUCGAAGUAAACUGUCCGGUGAACAAUAAUUCAAUGCGUGCAAUAGUUAUUUCCAAUGAUUACAGUUCUGCAUUAAAUUUGCAGUAUUACUGCGUUACAUGCGAAGGACAUCUUAUUGGCCGACCGUGUAGAUGCAGACGACCCGUAUUAGAAAAGAGAAGAAAGUUGACGAUAGCUAGAGACCUGGCUCUUUAUGAACAAAUAGGACAGGCAAGAGAAAAUGCUGUAAAAGCUGAAACAUGGUCAAGUGAAAAUAGAGCAGGAUCCUUUUUCCGUCAUUCAUUCACUGCGACUUCACCUGCCUUAUUGAAUGAUAAGAGGAAUAUGCUAUUUGAACAACCCCGUGGACGCAGUGAAACACGGAAGCCUGAUAUUAAUUCAAGAAAUCAAAUACUACCGAAAGAUAUUCCACCAAGAUGCAAGAAUUUCUCACCCACCGAACGACCAACACAUAUAGCCCAAGUAGAUCGUACUGGGUCAUUUCAUUGGGUACCAGAUAUGCCAUUAACAAGAGCUACAUUAAGCCCGAAUCAAGCAGCCAGUUUGAAUUUUAGCAAGCAUUUCCUUGUUUGUGUCGCUGGGAAGUCGACAAAUGGACCACUUAAUUUGGAGAAUUUUAUUAUGCCGAGACAGUCAUUUAAUUGGUCCUUUGGAGUGGAUAAAGCUAAAGAAUCUCCCAGGAUCUACAUUGUUGAUGGAGAUCCAUGCAGUUUUAAUGAUUUACAUUCAGUGCAUUUAUGUCAAUGCAGUGCUUGUGUAGUACUUGGUUAUAGCGCAGAAGAACCUCAUUCACAAUGUGUUGAUGCAAGUCUUCAAGACAGAAUCACGUUACUCUGUGCAAUGAAUAUUCGAUCACUGCUACAAAAGGAGCAACACUUAGUCCAUUUAACAACGGAAUUAAACUAUGAGAAGAAUGCUUACUUGUUCAGCUCAGGUGAUACACAUGAAAAUGAUUAUAAAUUGCCGGUGUGGUUUAGUGAACCAUUUGCUAGAGGUAUAAUUUUCAGCAACACUUUGUUAUAUAGCUGUUUAAGUUCCUUCUUCUACAACGAUAACGUUUUUCGUUUCCUUCGAGUUCUAAUAUCUGGACAAUCAACUGAUGAAUUGGAAGCAUCGUUUUCUGUUGGAGCAGGUCUUCAACAAGGCACAAUAAAGCAGUCCACUCGAAUGCCUGGAGUGAAAGUUUCCUUGCGUGGAUUCCAUCAUGCUCCUUUCAAAUUUUUGGCUAGAGAGCCACGUCGAAAACCAUUAACUUUCAAAGAAGUGUACAUGCGCUGUUUGACAUGUUGGCAAAUUCUUUGUCUUGGACUGUACAGAUGGCAGGAGCAUGGAUUUCGUUAUGUUAUAGCUAAUCAAUGCCAGAAACCCAAAUCUAUGAAAAUGACAUGUUCUACUGUUUCAUGUCAAUUGAUCAAGAUGAUACAAAUAAAAAUUGGAAAUUUUCAGAGAUUAUGCAACCACAGCCAUAUGAAAUUCACCCACAGGCUGAAUAACAAACAGUGA